AUGGUACAGUACACUAUAUGCUAUAGUGCACUACGCUACACUACAGUGCACUACAGUACACUGCACUAUGCUAUAGUUCACUACACUACACUGCACUACAGUACACAACACUAUGCUAUAGUUCACUACACUACAGUGCACUACAGUACACGACACUAUGCUAUAGUUCACUACACUACAGUGCACUACAGUACACGACACUAUGCUAUAGUUCACUACACUACAGUGCACUACAGUACACUGCACUAUGCUAUAGUUCACUACACUACACUGCACUACAGUACACAACACUAUGCUAUAGUUCACUACACUACAGUGCACUACAGUACACGACACUAUGCUAUAGUUCACUACACUACAGUGCACUACAGUACACUGCACUAUGCUAUAGUUCACUACACUACACUGCACUACAGUACACUGCACUAUGCUAUAGUUCACUACACUACAGUGCACUACAGUACACUGCACUAUGCUAUAGUUCACUACACUACACUGCACUACAGUACACAACACUAUGCUAUAGUUCACUACACUACAGUGCACUACAGUACACUGCACUAUGCUAUAGUUCACUACACUACACUGCACUACAGUACACAACACUAUGCUAUAGUUCACUACACUACAGUGCACUACAGUACACUGCACUAUGCUAUAGUUCACUACACUACACUGCACUACAGUACACAACACUAUGCUAUAGUUCACUACACUACAGUGCACUACAGUACACGACACUAUGCUAUAGUUCACUACACUACAGUGCACUACAGUACACGACACUAUGCUAUAGUUCACUACACUACAGUGCACUACAGUACACGACACUAUGCUAUAGUUCACUACACUACAGUGCACUACAGUACACUGCACUAUGCUAUAGUUCACUACACUACAGUGCACUACAGUACACGACACUAUGCUAUAGUUCACUACACUACAGUGCACUACAGUACACGACACUAUGCUAUAGUUCACUACACUACAGUGCACUACAGUACACGACACUAUGCUAUAGUUCACUACACUACAGUGCACUACAGUACACGACACUAUGCUAUAGUUCACUACACUACACUGCACUACAGUACACAACACUAUGCUAUAGUUCACUACACUACAGUGCACUACAGUACACGACACUAUGCUAUAGUUCACUACACUACAGUGCACUACAGUACACGACACUAUGCUAUAGUUCACUACACUACAGUGCACUACAGUACACUGCACUAUGCUAUAGUUCACUACACUACACUGCACUACAGUACACAACACUAUGCUAUAGUUCACUACACUACAGUGCACUACAGUACACUGCACUAUGCUAUAGUUCACUACACUACAGUGCACUACAGUACACAACACUAUGCUAUAGUUCACUACACUACAGUGCACUACAGUACACUGCACUAUGCUAUAGUUCACUACACUACAGUGCACUACAGUACACGACACUAUGCUAUAGUUCACUACACUACAGUGCACUACAGUACACGACACUAUGCUAUAGUUCACUACACUACAGUGCACUACAGUACACGACACUAUGCUAUAGUUCACUACACUACAGUGCACUAUAGAACACUAUACUACGUACGGCAUGAUGACGCCAUCAAUGGAGAAAAGUGA